AUGGUUCUUUAAUUGAAUCAACCAAUCUAGAAUCCAAAACCCCCACCGGAGAAGAUAAAUGUCCGGCUUCUGGUGGCACCGUGGUUGGAGCCCGCUGGGCGGGGGCGGCCCCUGCGGCGAACAGCAGCCCACGUUCAAGGUGCUGUGCAGAGCCUUCGAGGGGCGUUGCCUCGCCGUCCGCGACGACGCCUUUGUCCUCGCCCCCGCCGACCGCGCCGACGAGCACCAGCACUGGUUCAAGGACACGCGCGUCAGCCUGCGGGUCAAGGACAAGGAGGGCAAGCCCGUCUUCUCCCUCGUCAACAAGGUCCCUGGGCUAGCCGUCCAGCACUCCCUCGGCCCGAACCGUCCGUUUCAGGUGAGGCUAGUGAAGAUCAACCCGGAGGACUUCGACGAGUCUGUGCUGUGGACGGAAAGCGGACACUUGGGCAGGGACUUCGGCCGCAUCCGCAUGAUGCACGACGUCGGCUUCGGGUUGGACGCCUCCCCCGGCGGCGACGACGGCGCCGCUCUCUUCCUCUCGAACCGGACCGGGGGCGACACUCGGAGCUGGAAGAUCCUCUUCUGGAACGACGAGGCUAACAGCCCCCUCGCCGGGCUUGAGGCAGAGCCCACUUGCCGGAUCUACUGCAAGGCCGACGAGGGCUUCAGUGUCACAAUCUGCGAUGGGAACAUCUGCCUCGCGCCCACCGACCCCGACGACGUGUACCAGCAUUGGAUCCAGGACAAGAGGCCCGGGAACAUGAUCAGGGACGAGGAUGGCUACCCUGCUUUCGCCCUCGUGAACAAGGUCACUGGCGACGCCAUCAGGGGCUCCGAGGGGGAUGGCCGCCCUACAAAGCUUGUGCCGUACAACCCAUUCUACCUGGACGUCUCGGUGUUGUGGACGACGAGCUGGGACAUGGGGCAUGGCUUUCGGUGCAUCCAGUCGGUGGACAACACCUCCCUGAACUUCGACGCCUUCCAUGGUGAUGACACCACCAUCAUGCUAUCACAUUGGCGCGAGAGUGACGACCUGCAGUGGAAAAUUGUCCCCUGGUAUAUGUCUCCCUGCGCAGCGAGCUAGUUGCUACGGCUUUUGCAUGAUUAUUUUGUUUCCUAUUGUACAAAAUUUUGCACAUUUCACCAACAAUAAGCACAAGAAAGUCUUGAAGUGGUGUUUA